CACUCCCAUCCUCGAUGAUCGCCUCGCAACCCCACGUGUAGGGCCAACAUCCUGCGCUGAAUGCCAACCCCGUCCCCGCAUAUAACGGGCGUUGUGAUACUGUUUCACCAUAGGUAAAGGCGCAUCAAAUCCUUCAUUGACUCUCUGUUGUUCCUCUUCGUACAAUUUCGUUGCUCUCUACGACAUCUCACUGUCACGAAUUACAAUCAAGUCAACAUGGACUUCCUUCAAAAGGCAACCGCCAAGCUAGACGUCCAGGACAAGCUUCCCGGCCAGCUGAAGGACAUGUUGGGCGGAGACAACAAAGGCAAGCAGGGCGAAGGCAAGCAUCUAGCCCAAACGCACGAUGACGCUGCCGGAUUCCCACAAGGCUUGCGACCAUCAGACUGGAUGGGCGAUCUGGUGGCCAAAGGCAUUGUACCAGCAACCGCGGCCGUGACCGAAUUUCGCUACCCUGGCUCCCACGAUGCCGCCACCUACGGCUCGGGGUUGGAGAGUUUCAGCUAUCAAUGCCAGGAUAAGAAUUUCUACGACCAGAUGAUGACGGGGCAGCGGUGUUUCGAUCUUCGCCUCGCUCCCGCGGAGGACAAGAAGAAGUUCAUUCCUGUCCAUGGGAUUGCGAAAAAUACGGCGGAUGAUUUCAAUCAGGGACCGAAGCGGGCAGAGAAGGAUGAUCUCGUCUCCCAGAUCUUCCGCUUCGCCAAAGACCAUCCGUCCGAGCUACUCGUUUUUCAAGUGCGAGUAGAAGGGCUGGAAGGUGCCCAAAACGCAUUUGCCGAGAGUUAGCAUCCCCCGAAUUUGUUGAUGAGUGUCCUCAUGCAAGACUGACGCAACACGCAGCCAUCUUCCACCAUCUGGGCGAAAGGCUGUUGGAGGCCCCACAGGAUGGCCGAGUGCCAACAUACCGGGA